CGGCGGCGGCGGCGGCGUUUGAGUGGAGGAAGAUGGCGGCUCUGGGCGGUUUGGGGUCCUGGCAUCCUUGAGGACUCGCGAGCGCUGCGGGCGCAGCCUGGGGCGGAGUGCCCCUGGUCUGGUCCUACCCCGGGGUCCCUCACCACUAUCACCAGCGGAACGAGUCCGAAAACGUGGAGCGGACUGGGCCAGCUGUGGAGUGGAAUGUCAUGGCCAGCUCUUCGGACAGUGAAGAUGACAGUUUCAUGGCUGUGGACCAAGAGGAAGCUGCGCCGGAAGGGACAAUGGAGCAAGAUGAGAACGCCCAGCCAGGACUGGAAGCCGAGGAGGAGCCUCGACACAACAGGUCUAUGUCAGAGCUGCCGGAAGAAGUGUUGGAGUAUAUCUUGUCCUUCCUCUCGCCCUACCAGGAACACAAGACUGCAGCCCUCGUCUGCAAACAGUGGUAUCGACUUAUCAAAGGAGUAGCCCAUCAGUGUUACCAUGGUUUCAUGAAGGCUGUUCAGGAAGGAAACAUUCAGUGGGAGAGCCGCACUUACCCGUACCCUGGAACCCCGAUUACUCAGCGGUUCUCACACAGUGCAUGCUAUUAUGAUGCUAAUCAGUCUAUGUAUGUGUUUGGAGGCUGUACACAGAGCAGCUGCAAUGCUGCCUUCAAUGACCUUUGGAGACUUGACCUCAACAGCAAAGAGUGGAUUCGACCUUUGGCUUCAGGCUCCUAUCCUUCCCCCAAAGCUGGAGCAACUCUAGUUGUAUACAAGGACUUGUUAGUGCUCUUCGGUGGCUGGACGCGACCAAGCCCUUAUCCUCUACACCAACCAGAGAGAUUCUUUGAUGAAAUACAUACUUACUCACCCUCUAAAAACUGGUGGAAUUGCAUUGUAACGACCCAUGGGCCACCUCCCAUGGCCGGCCACUCCUCCUGUGUGAUAGAUGAUAAAAUGAUUGUCUUUGGUGGCUCUUUAGGAUCCCGACAAAUGAGCAAUGAUGUCUGGGUCCUUGACCUUGAGCAGUGGGCAUGGUCCAAGCCGAACAUCGCCGGCCCCAGUCCUCAUCCUCGAGGUGGUCAGUCUCAGAUUGUCAUCGACAAUGCGACUAUCUUAAUCCUUGGAGGAUGUGGAGGUCCCAAUGCUCUUUUCAAAGACGCUUGGUUGUUGCACAUGCACCCAGGUCCCUGGGCUUGGCAGCCACUCAAGGUAGAAAAUGAAGACCAUGGGGCCCCAGAGUUGUGGUGCCAUCCCGCCUGCCGGGUGGGACAGUGUGUGGUGGUCUUCAGCCAGGCUCCUAGUGGGAGAGCCCCCCUCAGCCCCAGUUUGAACUCGCGCCCAUCACCUAUCAGUGCCACUCCUCCAGCCCUGGUUCCUGAAACUCGAGAGUACCGCUCGCAGUCUCCAGUCAGGAGUAUGGAUGAAGCUCCUUGUGUUAACGGCCGCUGGGGAACACUGAGACCCAGGGCUCAAAGGCAGACUCCCUCAGGCUCGCGGGAAGGGAGCCUUUCCCCUGCCAGAGGAGAUGGCUCUCCUGUCCUCAAUGGUGGGAGUUUAUCUCCAGGAACAGCAGCUAUCGGUGGCUCUUCCCUAGACAGUCCUGUGCAGGCCCUGUCUCCAAGCACUCCUUCUGCUGCUGAAGGGUAUGACCUGAAAGGGGGACUGACUUUAGCCCCCCGACGAGGGUCGCUACCAGAUCAGAAAGACUUAAGACUAGGGUCCAUUGAUCUGAGUUGGGACCUGAAACCUGCUUCUGGGAGCAAUCACAUGGAUGGUGUGGACAACAGGACAGCUGGGGGGAGUGCGAGACACCCUCCAGAACAGACCAAUGGUGUGCAUACCCCUCCACACGUGGCCAGUGCCCUUGCAGGGGCUGUCUCACCUGGUGCCCUGCGCCGGAGCCUGGAGGCCAUCAAAGCAAUAUCAUCCAAAGGCCCCUCAGCCUCUGCAGCACUAAGCCCACCUCUUGGGUCUUCUCCAGGCUCCCCUGGGAGCCAGAGCCUAAGCAGUGGAGAAACCGCCCCCAUCCCCCGCCCAGGCCCAACAGGACCUGCCCAAGGAGAUGGACAUUCCUUACCUCCCAUUGCCCGCCGCCUGGGCCACCACCCGCCACAGUCCCUCAAUGUUGGCAAGCCCUUGUACCAGAGUAUGAACUGCAAGCCCAUGCAGAUGUACGUGCUGGACAUUAAAGACACCAAGGAGAAGGGACGGGUCAAGUGGAAAGUAUUCAGCAGCGCCUCCGUGGUGGGACCUCCUGAAACCAGCCUUCACACGGUGGUCCAAGGCAGGGGCGAACUCAUUAUAUUCGGAGGGCUCAUGGACAAGAAGCAGAAUGUGAAGUACUACCCAAAAACAAACGCCUUGUACUUUGUGCGUGCAAAGAGAUAAUAUGUUCCAAUUCCCUUUCCCUUUCUGUAGCUUUUAAUUUGGAAUUUUCCAGUGUGCAAGCAUUUGGACUAAGAAUUGGGAAAAUAGUAACAUUAUUCCCACAAACCAAAACUCCAAUGCCCAAUCUAACUCACUCCAGGCUGGGAUCAAAUCUUCAUUAAGAAAAAAAUUAUAUAUAAAACAUAUAUUAUAUAACCAACUCUGUUUACAAAAAAGGGAGAGAUCUCCGUCUGAGUUCAGAUAAAAUGGUUGCUGUGUUUUAGCAGAGGCUGUGCUGCCUUUUUCUACUUUGCUGAUAACUAGACCAAGAAUCAUUACGUUUCCAAUAGAAACCGAAGAGCCCCGUACAUCUCUUUAUGUGGCCUUCUCAGAAUCAGAACGGGAAGGGCAUAGAUAAAAUGCGAAGGAGCUUUCAGCGCAGCCCCCGCCUCAGCAGGUACUGGUGGGGUGAAAGAAACUCAGAAGAAAACUGCAGAGGACCUGUGACCGCUCUCUCUGCUGAAUGCCCUGUGCUGGUCCCCUUCUGCCCUCUGUGACCCAGGGAAGUUGCCCAGCAAGGGAUUUCUUUCCAGGUGUGCCAGAUCCAUCGAGGAGAGCUCAUAUGCUGACAUCGUCGUCUCCUGCUGUUGGUCACUUGAGUGCUUCCUACAUGUCUCAGAAAACAUUUGCUAUUUGAUUGUGGAAUUUUCUGACAAUCGUGUUUGGUGGCAAGUUCCCAAAACCUGCAUUUGUUCUCCUUUCCCUUAUUUUAGAAUUUUUUGUCCCCAGAGGCUACAUUUUCCAUCAGAAGGCUGCUCUUCACCCUCCCCCAGCCCCCACAUCUUUUCAUGUGGAUCUCCUAAGCCCUAAAGCCUUUCUUUCUUUUGGUUUCUUUCAUAGAGCAAAGGUUCCUAAAGAAAUUACGCUUCUUAGAAAUAGUUCCAGAACCCUUUGUUUGGUAUCCCUAGGGGCAGGCAGGGAAUUCUAAGAUGCUAGUAUCAUGAGAAAAAUCCUUGAAGCAUCGAAAGGCACUUUUUUCCCUAUGGACCUCUUUUUAGUUCCAGAGCACAGUGGACAUGCUCUUCCAUAUUUGUACAACUGCAAGUUGGUGGUGGGAGGAAUCCUAAUAACAGUUCCAUUGGAGGGGUUCCCUGCGACAUGUGUUCUUGUGCCUGGCUGUUGACAGGUGACCAGAUAGUGUAUCGUGUACUUGACCUUCAUGACACCUGGCUGUCCAGGGGAGCAGCUUCAUCGCUUUAUUUGUGCUUGUCUUGAAGUUUAUGUGUCACCCACACAGGGCUUGGGUUUUCUGUUUCCCUUUAUGUCUGAGAUAAGGUACAACCAAGCAAGAACAUUUCUUAAGAAAGUUAGAAGUUAACUAGUCUCUAAACCAUGGCCAGGACACAGGAAAUGUCAAAUGAGUUUAUUUCAAAUGGCACCGUUUAAAUAUGGGAAAAAUUUGGUGACUUCUCAUCAAUGGGUAGAUUUUUAUUUUACCUUUAAGAUUUAAAUUUCAAAACAUGUUUCCCACCCCCACACUCCCCUUUUCUUGUUAGCUCUUCCCAGGCACAGGCUGUCGGCAGCUGGGCCUGGGUCGUGGCCCCCAGCCAGCAUUUCCCAGUCAUUUUGAUAAGUGUUCUCUCCUGGUAUGUCAUGCUGAAUCCUUCCCUUACUGUCAGCUUUGCCACUGUGGUCUUGGUGGGAAAACCCCAUGGUCCCAAGCACAGGAAAGGGCCAGUUCACAGGGAGGGCACGUGUUCCUGAAGCCGCUCUACCGCUCCCUCAAAGGAGGAACAGACCAUGUGCCUGCUUGCUCGGGUGUGACACUGCCCCAAAGCUGUGCACAGGGCUUUCCAUGCCCCCUGCUCUGCGCUGAUGCCAAUCCUUCCUUGGCCAAGACUGUUGAGUCAUGUGGGGUCCAGAUUUAUAAGGCAAAGCCAGCCUACAGAGUUAGCAACCUAAAAGGUUCGGCAUCAUUGCUGUUGCUGAACUUUGCCUGUGACAUAUUAGUGCAUGGACAGUGCCUCCAAACUCAGUUUCCACAUAAGUGUAGAGUAUUUGGAAGCCUGGAAGUUCAGAAUCUCCCCUUUGUAAUCUUUUCUUUUGUCUGGUGGCCUUCCUAAGCCAGCUGUUCACCUGUUGAUUCCUCUGCUUUCCCAAGUAGGCAAGCAACAGAAAUGUUGAUUCUCUUAGUAGUCCGGUUCCUCUGAAUUCCACGCACCCAGUGUUACCCACGUUGCUGGCCAACCAGACUGUCCGUUUACAGCCCUCUGAGAAAUGCCUGCCUUGUCCAUGCCCAGUGCUCACUCUCCUGGGCACCGUGGGUGUGGGCCACAGGAAAGCAGCCCAAGUCCGGCAGGCGACUGUCUCCUCUUUGGGCACUCGCGAGGCACCUGCAGUGGGGGUCUCGGCACCACUGCAGCGAUGGAACCACAACUCUGUCUUUGAGGUGAUACCAAUUUUGUCUUAAAAUUCACUGAGAGAAAUGAGACAAAAUAUUUUUCUUUACACCCUCAGGAGCACUGAAAGGAGAUAUUUAUCAGUAUUUAAGUAUUUAAAACACAUCUUGUUUCUACUUGAAGCUUUAACCCCUCCAUUCCUACAAGUGUGCCUUUGAGAGCCCCUCCCCCCAGGUUAUAUUGACUUCACUGGUCACCACACUGACCUCAUGUAAGAAUUUUUAGUCUCUUCUGCCCUCUUGAACAGAACUUCCUGUUCUCUUUUCACGUUCUGCAGCAGAGAACACUCUGUGUUUUCCUAGCUCCACCCUCCCACACUUGGGGGGUGGGCUUCCUAACCCCAUCCCACCCCCAUUCUGGGAGCACCAGUGUGGUGUCAGAAAAUUAACUUUGUUUUUAAGGUAAUACAAGACUCCUCCUAGCCUUCUGCGGGUUGAUUUGAUUUUAACAUUUGUGUAUGUAGCAGGAGCUGAAAGCAUAAACUAUCUAGGAACUAUGUUGGAACAUUUUAUAAUGAGGAAGAGGAGGAAAGAAAACCAGUGUACGAAGUCUUGACUUUGGAGCACGGAGCCACUGGCCCGCAGAACAAGGGGCUCUCUCCCUUGCCUUCACUUUGUCUUUCUGGUUUCCUCUGCUUUGCCUUUUCCCUUCCCCUUCAGAGUAGUGCACCUGGUUGGUCUGUGUCCGUUCUUGUCUUCCUGGUGAUCCUGGCAUGGGGGUGUGCUCUGCUUUGCAUUAUCUGGUCCUGACAGUGUCGCUGUCAGUGGAGAAGAUCUGAAGAUGCCCCGGGAGCAAGCCGCGCUCAGCCAUGCGACAGCAUUGUACGAGGCCUGUUCUGAGCAGCUGGCUCCCUCCCCUAUUUCGCUGUGAGAGCAAACCUCAGGCGUGGGCUCCACUGAACGCUACCUGCUCUGCUUCCUCCCACCAACCAGGGUUCAUGUCAGUGCACACCCGCCGUGCCCUGGCAAAGCUGGUGCUGUGAGUGGUGUUUCCCAUACAGUUCAGGGGUGCCAGGUGGCUUACCCUGAGAUAGUAGUCAUUUUAGGCACAUACCAGUGUAGGAAUGAAAAUGGAUUUCAUGAAUAUUUAAAUCUGUCAAUUUCAUUUUUUGUUAAUGUUUUCCCCCUGACGACUUUUUAGCAA